CCCGAACCCCUCUCCCCCACCCCGUCCCCAAGCAAUCCGCCGCUCCAGAACCUUCCGAAGACACCGCGCUCCUUCUCGAACCUUCCCCCUCGUCCCCAAUAUAUGCCGCACCACGAACUCCUCCAUUUCCAUCGCUAACACAACUCGAAUUCGUAAACGAGCAAACAAAACAACACCGACUUCAAGAAAAGCUUGAGACAGCAACGGCCAUGGCGUCCCGCCGGUUCUUCACCUACGACCCCUACGACUACUACUACACCACCCCGUACCACUACCCCUACCCGUACUACCAUCAGCAGCAGGCCACACCCGCCCGCAGGACCAGCGGCUUCUUCCCGGUCGCCGCGGACGCCGAGCCCGCGGCGGUGAGGAGGGCAGCCGUGGACCCUGCGCCGAGGGCGAGGUCGGUCUCGAUCCCUGUCCAUUUCGUCGGGUCCAACCCGGAGCCGGAGAGGAAGGCGGCGGGGCUGCGCGCGGAGCCGGUGGCCAGGAUGGCGGCCGCUCCGGCUGUCGUGCCUGUGAAUGUGAAGCGGGCGCCGUCGGCGGAGGAGGCCGCGGUGCGGGUGCAGGCGGCGGCGCGCGGGUUCAUGGCGCGGAGGUCUGUGCGGGCGGUGCGCGAGGUGGAGCGGGAGGCGGAGGAGGUCGGGGUGAAGAUCGCGCGCGAGGCGGAGGCGCUGCGCGGGGACGCGAGGGCGCGGAUCGCCGUCGGGGAGGCGCUGAUGAGGCUGCUGCUCCGGCUCGACGCGGUGCGCGGCGCGCGGGAGUACCGGAGGAGGGUCACCAGGCGGGUGCUCGCGCUGCAGGACGCCGUCGACGUACUCGAGCUCAAGACGGCGACGGCGACGGCGACGGCGCCCGACGCGGUGGCGGAGGAGAUGACCGAGGCCGAGGCCGACACCGUGGCCGUUGAAAUUGCGGAGGAGAGCGCCGUGGUCCCGAGGCUGCUGGACGCCGCGGACCACAGCGUUGAGGACGACGCGAAGGCGGCGGCUGAGACGACCGACGAGAUGGAGGUGGAUGGAGAAACCGCCGCCGGCGAGCCGGAAAAGAACAGAGUGGAGGCGGAACCGGCUCCGCGCGACGCCAAUCUUCUUGAUGUCGACGACAAGCCAGAUGAUGGUUCGGACGCGGAGGGCGGCGGAUGGGAGAUGGUGAAGGAGGAGCCGGCGCCGGCCGCGGGGGCGGCGGCGACGCACGAAGCGCCGGCGCAACAAGAAGCGGCGGCGGGGAAGGAGACCCGGACGGUGGCGGAGACCGGCGUGGCCAGCGGCGACCCGGACGCGACGAGGCUGAUGGAGAUGGUGGCGGCGCUGUGCGAGCGGAGCGCGCAGCAGUGCGCGGUGAUCGGGGCGCUGGCGGAGCGCGUGGACGCGCUGGAGCGCGCCGUGCGGCGGGUGGAGGACGCCGAGCGCCGCCGCCGGCGGGCCAAGAAGCUCCGGAAGGAGGGCAAAGGGAGCAACCGCAGCAAGUGCUACUCCGAUUGAGGAUCAAGCGCAGCGAUUAGCGAGGAUUUAACAAUUAUGUAGUAAUCCAGCGCUGUUCAUGAGCAUUUUCCAUGCCCAAACACAGUGGCUUGAUUGUUCCAUUCGAUUUGUUUCUUGUACUGAUAUAUAUCUGCAAUAAUUGAGGAUU